AAUUUCCUCAAAAGAAGAAAAGCAAGCGGACAAUUUCAGCCUUUCUCUCGCCUUCUUUCUUCUUGUCGUGGUCGUUGCCCUCUGUUUUGGGCGGUGGGUGGUGGAGGAGAAGGAGAAGGAAGAAGAAGAUCGGGAGGAGGAAGAAGAUCGGGGAUUCUUGCAGGGUUGGGGUGUGCGAGUCGCCUGCGAUCUCCUCCCCCUACCCUCUCUUACUCUCUCCCUCUCUUUCUCUUUUUCUCUCUCUUCGCCAAUUUCAAAUUUCCAAGUUGCUGUCUCGACGCGGAAAGGAUUCCUUGGACAAGGCACAGAUUUGAAGCUUCAGUUUCUGACAGGCCACCGGAUCCUACUGCCGGAGUGAAGCUGAAGGUGUGGAUAAAUUCCAGCAUUUGAGUUAAUAUUUUCUACAUAAUUUAUCUGAAUCACUUCCAUGAAAAAAAGUCUGAAGUUCUGAACUUCCACUUGUGCCUCUUACUCUAGCCUCAAUUCCUUGAUGGGGAAGCCAAGCGGAAGGAAAAAGAAACAUCUCUCAGAGAAGACUAAUGAUGUUGCCGAGAAGCAACAUAGGACAAGAGAAUCACCAAUUAAAUCUGUGGAUGAAGACACAGCUGUUUUUGUUAACAGAGCUUCUGAGUUGAAAGAAGAGGGCAAUAUAUUUUUUCAGAAGAGGGAGCAUGGUGGAGCCAUUGCGAAGUAUGAGCAAGCUCUUAAGCUUCUUCCUAGCAGCCAUAUUGACCGUGCAUAUCUUCACAGCAACCUUGCUGCUUGCUAUAUGCAACUAAACCCUCCCGAAUAUGACAAGGCUAUCAACGAAUGCAAUUUAGCUCUUCUAGUUGCCUCCAAGUAUAGCAAAGCUUUGCUAAAGAGGGCAAGAUGUUAUGAGGCUUUGGACAGACUGGAUUUGGCCUUGAUAGAUGUAACUAAGGUCCUUAACGUGGAGCCUAACAACAUGACUGCGCUGGAGCUGUCAGAGAGGCUGAAGAAGGAAAUUGAAAAGAAGGGUUUAAAGAUCAAUGGCAUAGAAGAUAUUUCUGUAGAAGUUAAUAAUUCACAUACAGCACAGUCUCAAGUCAAAACACCAGGGAAAGGGGGAUCAAAGAAGAAGAAGAGCAAUAGGGUUCAAGAUAAGCCCAUUUUGGAGGAGAAUCCGAAGGAGGAAGCUGUCAGAUCAGUGAAAUUGGUUUUUGGUGAUGAUAUAAGAUGGGCCCAUGUCCCACUUCAAUGUGGUAUUAGACAGUUGCGAGAGAUUGUAAGCAGUAGAUUCCCUUGCUUAAAGGGUUUCCUGAUUAAAUACAAGGACCAAGAUGGUGACCUUGUCACAAUAACCAUCACAGAAGAGAUUAGAUGGGCAGAAGAGUCGGUUGGCCCUCAAGGAUUGCUUCGGCUGUACAUUUUUGAAGUCAGACCUGAGCAAGAUCCUUUAUUUGAAGAGAUAAAAGGUGGAGUAGAAACAGAAAACUCUGGAUCUGCUCAUAAUAAUUGUUCCGAGAAUGGAAACUCCGUGAAGUGCUUAGAGCAUGGGGUGCACAUAGAUACCUGGAUUGUCCAGUUUGCUCAGAUGUUCAAGAACCAUGUGGGAAUUGAUUCUGAUGCUUAUUUGGAUCUACAUGAACUUGGGAUGAAACUUUAUACAGAGGCAAUGGAGGACGUUGUUACAUGUGAAGAAGCUCAGGAUCUCUUUGACGUUGCAGCUAACAAGUUCCAGGAGAUGGUAGCUUUAGCAUUGUUCAAUUGGGGAAACAUCCAUAUGUCAAAGGCAAGAAGGAGGGCACUUGUUGAAGAAGAUGCGUCUAACGAAGAUGCACUUCUUGCAAAGGCAAAAGAUGCUUAUGACUGGGCAUACGGACAGUAUGUGCAUGCAGGGGGAAGAUACAGAGAGUCACUAAAAGUUAAGCCGGAUUUCUAUGAAGGCUUUCUUGCACUUGGGCAACAGCAAUUCGAGCAAGCAAAACUUUGUUGGUACUUUGCCGUUGGAACCAAGGUAGAACUGGAAUCAUGGGAUGCUUCAGAAAUCAUUGAACUAUUUAACAGUGCUGAGGACAACAUGGAGCAUGGAGCACACAUGUGGGAAGAAAUAGAGCAAGAGCGUCUGGAUGAACUUAAAGCCGGUCCCAAGUCGAACAGUGAAAAAAUUCUAUUACAAAAAAUGGGCUUGGAUGGUAUUUUUAAACAACUUUCUCCUGAUGAAGCUGCUGAACAGGCAUCUAACAUGAGAUCACAGAUCAACCUUUUGUGGGGCACAAUGCUAUAUGAGAGAUCCGUCAUAGAAUUCAAAUUGGGGCUUGAGACAUGGCGAGAAUGUCUCGUGGCUGCAGUCGACAGAUUUAAACUUGCAGGAGCUUCUCCGACUGACAUUGCUGUCAUGAAGAAGAACCACUGUUCCAAUGCGACUGCUCAGGAAGGGGUGGGAUUUAAGAUUGAUGAAAUUGUUCAAGCGUGGAAUGAAAUUUAUGAUGCCAAAAAGUGGAUCAGUGGUGUUCCGUCAUUUAGACUAGAGCCCCUAUUUCGGCGGAGGGUUCCAAAGUUGCUGAAUGUCUUGGAGCAUCUAUGAACAACUUCUAUUCGUAGCCAUUUCAUAAUGGAAUCAGAACAAAGUCAUCCGUAUUUGUGAUAAUUGUUUAUGGUGUAUCAUCCGUUUGUUUAUGCUUGGAAUCGGUUUUGUUUCUUUAGGUAGAGCAAUAGAAGACUGGAAUUCGAGGGUAGAGUGUUGUACCUGGUCAUACUUGAUGUAAUUAUCAUUUUUUUAGUGUAAAGUGUAAUAAGGUUAUUGCUUACAAACUAGGUAAUUCUUUUGCAAUUUUUUGUGUAUUUGGAUAUUCCUUGUAGAAUACGUUUCCUUGCAUUUAUGCCAUGUGUGUGUGUGCCCGGAUUGGAAAAAAUUAAAGACCGAAAUGUUGCUGAA